UGGGUCGCGCCGGCCUCGCUAGGUACCGCCCCUGGCCCGCCCGCCUCCUUUUUAAGCGCCUCCCGCCCAGCCUCAGCUCCCGCUGCUUCGCCCUGCUCUCUACUUCCCCGUCUCUCACGUCUCCCACGUCUCCCCGGCUCCUCGGUUCCGUGACCACCCCGCAGCCCCCGCCCCGGUGCCAUGGCCGCUGCGUACCGCCCCGGCCUGCGGCUUAGCUGGCGUGGGCUGAGCCCCUGGGGCUGGUCGUCAUGCCGCAGCGUCCAGACCCUGCGCGUGCUCAGUGGAGAUCUGGGCCAGCUGCCUGCUGGAGUCCGGGACUUCGUGGAGCGCAGUGCCCGCCUGUGCCAACCAGAGAGCAUCCACAUCUGUGAUGGGACCGAGGCCGAGAAUACUGCCACACUGACCCUGCUGGAGCAGCAGGGGCUCAUCCGAAAGCUCCCCAAGUACAAUAACUGCUGGCUGGCCCGCACAGACCCCAAGGAUGUGGCACGCGUAGAGAGCAAGACGGUGAUCGUGACCCCCUCUCAGCGGGACACGGUGCCACUACCAGCUGGUGGGGCCCGUGGACAGCUGGGCAACUGGAUGUCCCCAGCUGAAUUCCAGCGAGCUGUGGACGAGAGGUUUCCGGGCUGCAUGCAGGGCCGCACCAUGUACGUGCUUCCAUUCAGCAUGGGCCCCGUGGGCUCCCCGCUGGCCCGCAUCGGGGUACAGCUCACCGACUCGGCCUACGUGGUGGCGAGCAUGCGCAUUAUGACGCGGCUGGGGACGCCCGUGCUUCAGGCCCUGGGAGAUGGGGACUUUGUCAAGUGUCUGCACUCCGUGGGCCAGCCCCUCACUGGGCCAGUUCCAGAUGCCACUGCCAGCAGCCCCAUGACCCCAUUGUCCCCAGGGGAUCCGGUGAGCCAGUGGCCAUGCAACCCAGAGAAAACCCUGAUUGGCCACGUGCCUGACCAGCGGGAGAUCGUCUCCUUCGGCAGCGGCUAUGGUGGCAACUCCCUGCUGGGCAAGAAGUGCUUUGCCCUGCGCAUCGCCUCGCGGCUGGCCCGGGAUGAGGGCUGGCUGGCGGAGCACAUGCUGAUCCUGGGCAUCACCAGCCCCGCAGGGAAGAAGCGCUACGUGGCAGCCGCCUUCCCCAGCGCCUGUGGCAAGACGAACCUGGCCAUGAUGCGGCCCACGCUGCCGGGCUGGAAAGUGGAGUGUGUGGGGGAUGACAUCGCCUGGAUGAGGUUUGACAGCGAAGGUCGACUCCGGGCCAUCAACCCUGAGAACGGCUUCUUCGGUGUGGCCCCUGGCACCUCUGCCACCACCAAUCCCAAUGCCAUGGCCACAAUCCAGAGCAACACUCUCUUUACCAACGUGGCUGAGACCAGUGAUGGAGGCGUGUACUGGGAGGGCAUCGACCAACCCCUUCCACCUGGUGUCACCGUGACCUCCUGGCUGGGCAAACCCUGGAAACCCGGUGACAAGGAGCCCUGUGCACAUCCCAACUCUCGCUUCUGUGCCCCGGCUCGGCAGUGCCCCAUCAUGGACCCGGCUUGGGAGGCCCCAGAGGGUGUCCCCAUUGAUGCCAUCAUCUUUGGAGGCCGCAGACCCAAAGGGGUACCCCUGGUUUACGAGGCCUUCAACUGGCGUCACGGGGUGUUCGUGGGCAGUGCCAUGCGCUCUGAGUCCACUGCAGCAGCUGAGCACAAAGGCAAAAUUGUCAUGCACGACCCAUUCGCCAUGCGGCCCUUUUUCGGCUACAACUUUGGGCGCUACCUAGAACACUGGCUGAGCAUGGAGGGGCGCAAGGGGGCCCAGCUGCCACGCAUCUUCCACGUCAACUGGUUCCGGCGCGAUGAGGCAGGCCGCUUCCUGUGGCCAGGCUUUGGGGAGAAUUCUCGUGUGCUAGACUGGAUCUGCCGGCGCUUAGAGGGCGAGGAGAGUGCCCGAGAGACCCCCAUCGGGCUGGUGCCCAAGGAAGGGGCCUUGAAUCUCAGCGGCCUGGGAGCCAUAGACACCACUCAGCUCUUCUCGCUCCCCAAGGACUUCUGGGAACAGGAGGUGCGUGACAUUCGGAGCUACCUGACAGAGCAGGUCAACGAGGACCUGCCCAAGGAGGUGCUGGCUGAGCUGCAGGCCCUGGAGGAGCGCGUGCGCAGAAUGUGACCCGAGGCUGCUUGCUGGCAGGAGAGUGCAGUGUGCCCAUGGGGAUGGGGCGCCCCCGCUUGCAGGAGGUAGAAGCCAUUUGAUUGUAACUAACACCUGCGCACUGGGGGACCAGCCCUUCUCACACUCCCUGUCCCAUAAUAAGAAAUGCUCGUUCAUUUUACACAA